AUGGAGCGAGUAGAAUCACAGGUGGCAUCAGAGGGGAAGGACAUAGAGCGUCCGAAUGAUAAGUUUGUGAAAGCGGCGGAGAGAGGGGACUAUCCGGAAGUACAAAGAUUGCUGGGUCUAGGAGCAUCUAUCAAUGCGCGAUGCCUACCUACAGGAAAGUUCAAUAGUGGAGCGGCUGAGGCUUCUGGUGGGGGGAGGGUGGGCUGGUUUGGAGAGCUGGAACUGCGCGUGUUAGUCGUUAAUGCAAACAAGGUUUCAUAUUCAGAUGAUUGGGUGCCCAGAGAAAGGCUUACCAGAACUGCAUUACAAGCGGCGUCUGACGGUGGUCACCAUACGCUGGUGAAGCUGCUGGUAGAUGCGGGGGCUGAGGUUAACGCUCCACCGUCGAACCAUUGUGGGAGAACAGCGCUGCAGGCGGCAGCAGAAGGCGGGCAUCAGGAGAUAGUAAAGCUGCUGAUGGAAGUGGGGGCGGAGGUUAACGCCGCACCGGCGGAGGGAUACGGAAGAACAGCCCUACAGGCGGCAGUAGAAGGCGGGCAUCAGGAGAUAGUAAAGCUGCUGAUGGAUGUGGGGGCGGAGGUUAACGCCGCACCGGCGGAGAGUGGUGGGAGAACAGCGCUGCAGGCGGCAGCGGAAGGCGGGCACAACGAGAUAGUAAAGCAGCUGAUAGAUGCGGGGGCCGAGGUUAACGCCGCACCGGCGGAGAGUGGUGGGAGAACAGCGCUACAGGCGGCAGCGGGAGGCGGGCAUCAGGAGAUAGUAAAGCUGCUGAUGGAAGUGGGGGGGGAGGUUAACGCCGCACCGGCGGAGAGUGAUGGGAGAACAGCGCUGCAGGCGGCAGCGGAAGGCGGGCACAACGAGAUAGUAAAGCAGCUGAUAGAUGCGGGGGCCGAGGUUAACGCCGCACCGGCGGAGAGUGGUGGGAGAACAGCGCUGCAGGCGGCAGCGGAAGGCGGGCACAACGAGAUAGUAAAGCAGCUGAUAGAUGCGGGGGCCGAGGUUAACGCCGCACCGGCGGAGAGUGGUGGGAGAACAGCGCUACAGGCGGCAGCGGGAGGCGGGCAUCAGGAGAUAGUAAAGCUGCUGAUGGAAGUGGGGGGGGAGGUUAACGCCGCACCGGCGGAGAGUGAUGGGAGAACAGCGCUGCAGGCGGCAGCGGAAGGCGGGCACAACGAGAUAGUAAAGCAGCUGAUAGAUGCGGGGGCCGAGGUUAACGCCGCACCGGCGGAGAGUGGUGGGAGAACAGCGCUGCAGGCGGCAGCGGAAGGCGGGCAUCAGGAGAUAGUAAAGCAGCUGAUAGAUGCGGGGGCCGAGAUUAACGCUCCACCGGCGAAGUUAGAUGGAGGAACAGCGCUGCAGGCGGCAGCGGGAGGCGGGCACAACGAGAUAGUAAAGCAGCUGAUAGAUGCGGGGGCCGAGGUUAACGCCGCACCGGCGGAGAGUGGUGGGAGAACAGCGCUACAGGCGGCAGCGGGAGGCGGGCAUCGGGAGAUAGUAAAACUGCUGAUGGAUGCGGGGGCCGAGAUUAACGCUCCACCGGCGAAGGAUUAUGGAAUAACAGCGCUACAGGCGGCAGCGGGAGGCGGGGAUCGGGAGAUAGUAAAGCAGCUGAUAGAUGCGGGAGUCGAGAUUAACGCCGCACCGGCAGAGAUUGGGAGAACAGCGCUACAGGCGGCAGCGGGAGGCGGGCAUCGGGAGAUAGUAAAACUGCUGAUGGAUGCGGGGGCCGAGAUUAACGCUCCACCGGCGAAGUAUCAUGGAAGAACAGCGCUGCAGGCGGCAGCGGAAGGCGGGCACAACGAGAUAGUAAAACUGCUGAUGGAUGCGGGGGCCGAGGUUAACGCCGCGCCGGCGGAGAGUGGUGGGAGAACAGCGCUACAGGCGGCAGCGGGAGGCGGGCAUCAGGAGAUAGUAAAACUGCUGAUGGAUGCGGGGGCCGAGGUUAACGCCGCGCCGGCGAAGUAUCAUGGAAGAAGAGCGCUACAGGCGGCAGCGGGAGGCGGGCAUCAGGAGAUAGUAAAACUGCUGAUGGAUGCGGGGGCCGAGGUUAACGCCGCGCCGGCGAAGUAUCAUGGAAGAAGAGCGCUACAGGCGGCAGCGGGAGGCGGGCAUCGGGAGAUAGUAAAACUGCUGAUAGAUGCGGGGGCCGAGAUUAACGCCGCACCGGCGGAGAAUGAGAGAACACCGCUACAGGCGGCAGUAGAAGGCGUGCAUCAGGAGAUAGUAAAGCUGCUGAUAGAUGCGGGGGCCGAGGUUAACGCCGCACCGGCGGAGAAUGAGAGAACACCGCUACAGGCGGCAGUAGAAGGCGGGCAUCAGGAGAUAGUAAAGCUGCUGAUAGAUGCGGGGGCCGAGGUUAAUAGGGCGGUGGACGGUACUAGCUUACUCGUCGAACUAGCUUGCCUCGGAGUGCACAUGGACAUGAUAGCACUCUUGCUCCACGCUCCCCAACUAGAUUUAACAGUUAGAGAUCAGCUUGGGUUCACGCCACUUCACCAAGCGUUGCGGGAAUACGACAGAAACAAGCAUGACGCUUUGUGGGUCAGUAGAAUGCAAAAAUUAGUUUUUAGAGUUCUGGAGGCGGACCUUAGCAGAACCGGUAUCAACAUUAAGGAUCACUCGGGAAAAACAUCUUUGGAGACUGCCAUUGAAAUUCAAUCUCUAGCUAUAGUUAAACAAUUACUUUUAAGAGGCGCGGAUACCGGGGUUCUGAGGACAGAGGACUUGCGCAACUUACUGGAUUCUGCGAACGAUUUAGCUGGGGAGGCUGCAUCUAAGAUCAUCGGUCUGCGUAGUGGGCGAGGGGAAGAGACCCAUAUCACCACCGGGAACGGGAAGCUUGAAUGGCCAAAUAAAAAUAACUGGGAUAAGGGAGAUUAUGAGUUACAAUUAGCUGAUCCACAGAUCAACAUAUCUCUUGGACGGCCUGACGACAGCACGUACGCGUCGUUCGUGAAACCGGUACAGGGGUUUUAUUCGAACCUAGAGACACCAAAAAACCCGAACCGAUCAACAGAAAACCAUAUCCUCUUUAAAUGGUGGCUUGGUGAACUCGGUACUUACUCGGAAUUCUAUUCCGGGGUCCCCAAGAGAGCUAGUAUAACAGGCUUGGCUGUUUCAGAGAAAGAUAAAGUCGAAGGACCUGCUAAAGUAGGAGUAAUUGGCUAUAUGUGCUUUUGUGUCUUCCUUCCAAAUAGUGGAGUAAAAGCUGCCAAGAAUGCCCCAAACGGAGGAGGCGGAGGGGAAGAAGAAGAAGAAGAAGAAGAAGAAGAAGAAGAAGAAGAAGAAGAAGAAGAAGAAGAAGAAGAAGAAGAAGGAUUACAGUCAUUCAAGUUUAAGAAUCAAAAAGUCGAAAUUUCCUGGAUAAUGGCGCAUCCCAGCGAAACUGAAUGUAAGCCCAGGUAUGGGCAUCAUCCUAAAGAGUUAUUCCUGCGUUCCUUGUUAUACCUGGGAACGGUGAGAUUGGAGUAUCUUUCAAUACCUUCUCACGGGGUGGAGUUUGCUACGUUGUUUCUUGAUGACAUUCAUAGGAGAUGGCUCGAACUUCUCGAAAGUGCCAAGGUACACCUUGCAGAAUUUCGCGAUAAGCAGUUGGUGGAAGGGGGGAGGAAUCCUACUGUCAUCCAAUGUCUCCUGGAAGACAGUCAGCAGUGGAACAAGCUUCGCUCAAGCUUGAAACUGCAUGUAUUGAAAGCGCAGGAACUUUGGCGCACGUUCAAAGAGCAUGAGGCUCUAUUCAUGGAAUUGGCGGAAUCGGAACACGAUAGUACUAGGAUCAGCAAUUUUUUGAACGGAAAAAAGGAAUCAAAUAUAGGAGAACUCGAAGCGAUGGUGAAACUUUCAAGAAAGGUUAAACUUAUAGGAGGAUGUAUGGAGGAAAUAGCCGAAUUGAAAGCAGAAACAAAGGAGAUGAUCGAGCUUGAGUUCAAUUUGGUCUCUAUAUACGAGGCUCGGAAAUCCAUUGAAAUGUCGGAGAUCUCAAACAAAAUGGCUGAGAAAUCUAUAGAAAUGGCAGAGAAAUCAAAUAAAAUGUCGGAGAUCUCAAACAAAAUGGCUGAGAAAUCUAUAGAAAUGGCAGAGAAAUCAAAUAAAAUGUCGGAGCUCUCAAUCGAAAUGUCAAAACACUCUAACAGCCUGAGCCUAAGUAUGAAAAGACUUAGUUGGAUUACAUUUAUAUUCCUUCCUUUGACCUUUGUUUCUGGGCUGUUCGGAAUGAACCUAGAUAUUUUAGCAAAUAACCCAAGCUGGACUUGGUAUUUUGUUAUUGCCGGUCUAGUUUUGGCUCUGAUCUUCGUGGUCUGGAUUAUAUUCAAAUAUGUUCCGAUUUCCGACUGGAUUGAGGAGAACAUUGGAGAACCAUUGGAAUUAUUGCUCGCCGCUGGCAAGGCAGAGUCUACCCCGGAGAAUACGGAACCUAUAAAUCCCUCGGGGGUUAGUUCCUCGGACGAAAUUACUCCUAACAGAUCGUUCUCAAGGAGAAGGUUCACGCCGAUGCGCGAAAAGAAGAGACCACAUGACACAGAGCAAGGCACGAUGCCAGCUCCUCCCAAUGUAGAGGCGAACAGGUAG